UCCCCCGCAAGUCAUAUUCUUCUCCUCUCGAUGGCAAAUUUCCUUUGAUCGCCCCUCCCCUCCCCUCUCCAGUACGUAACUUCCGUCGGCGAUCGAUCGCUUCCCAUCUCCCCCGCGUCCAUGGCGGUCGACCUCGCCUUCAGCGGCGGCGGCGCCUCCUCCACCGACCCCGAUGGACCCGACGGCGUCCGGAUGACUUGGAAUUCGUGGCCUCGAUCCAAGGUGGAGGCGAGCAAGUGCAUCGUUCCCGUCGCCGCCUCAGUGACUCCGAUCCGCGCCUCUCCUUCCCUCGUCGUUCUCCCCUACGCCCCGCUUCGCUGCAAGCCGCCCUGCGCCGCCGUGCUAAACCCCUUCGCCCGCGUCGACUUUGCUGCCAAGAUCUGGAUCUGCCCUCUCUGCUUCUCCCGCAACCACUUCCCCCCUCAUUACGCUGGCAUCAGCGAGACCAACGUCCCCGGCGAGCUGUACCCCGAGUGCACCACCGUGGAGUACGCGCCCCCGCCUCUCGAUGCCGCCGCGCCUCCGCCGCUUCCCGUCUUCCUCUUCGUCCUUGAUACCUGCCUCAUCGAGGAGGAGCUCGGCUACGUCCAGUCCGCCAUGCGCCGUGCCAUCGAUCUCCUACCGGACCAUGCCCUCGUUGGGUUUAUUACUUUCGGCACCCAGGUCCACCUCCACGAGCUGGGCUUCGCGGACAUGUCGAAGAUCUACGUGUUUAGGGGAACCAAGGAGAUCUCAAGAGACCAGAUCUUGGAACAGUUGGGACUUUCGUUAGCUGGUGUUCGCCAUGGUGCCGUUGGUGGAGCGCCAGCGUAUCUCAAGGGACCCCAGGGAAAUGGGUUGCAUCCUUCGACGUCCGUCAAUAGAUUCCUACUUCCCGCGUCCGACUGUGAAUAUACCCUCAAUUCUUUGCUAGAUGAGUUGCAGAGGAAUCAGUGGCCAGUGGAACCGGGGAAUCGUGAUUUGCGGUGCACGGGGGUUGCCCUCAGUGUCGCAGCUGGCUUACUAGGAGCAUGUACUGGUGGUACCGGAGCCCGAAUCAUAGCUUUGGUUGGUGGGCCAUGUACCGUUGGCCCUGGACUGAUUGUGUCAAACGAUCAAUCAGAGCCAGUUCGUUCACAUAAAGAUCUUGAUAAAGAUGCUGCUCCAUAUUUCCACAAAGCUGUUAAAUUUUAUGAUAAUCUUGCCAAGCAGCUGGUUAGCCAGGGCCAUGUUUUGGACCUUUUUGCUUCAGCACUUGAUCAGGUUGGGGUUGCGGAGAUGAAAGUAGCAGUUGAAAGAACUGGUGGACUAGUUGUGCUCGCUGAAAGUUUUGGACAUCCGGUUUUCAAAGAUUCUUUUAAGCGAAUUUUUGAGGAUGGAGAGCAGUCUCUAGGCCUUUCUUUUAAUGGCACUCUUGAGAUUAAUUGCUCAAAGGACAUCAAAAUUCAGGGAAUUAUUGGACCAUGUACAUCUAUGGAGAAGAAGGGGGCUCUUUGUGCUGACACCAUUGUAGGACAAGGAAAUACAACUUCAUGGAAGAUGUGUGGUCUUGAUAGAAGUACUUGUUUGACUGUGUUCUUUGAUAUUUCACCUAGUGAACGGUCAAGCCAACCUGGAAUACCAAAUCCACAGCUGUAUAUACAAUUCUUAACAAAUUAUCAAAAUCCUGAAGGUCAGAUGAGGCUACGGGUUACAACAAUUACUAGGGCAUGGGUGGAUGGUUCUAACACAGAGGAAUUAGUUGGAGGAUUUGACCAGGAAACUACAGCUGUUGUAUUAGCAAGAUAUAUCUCUUUGAAAAUGGAGAUGGAGGAAGCGUUUGAUGCAUCACGAUGGUUGGACAGAUCUCUCAUCCGUCUUUGCUCACAGUUUGGUAAUUACCGAAAAGAUGACCCUGCUUCAUUUACGCUGCAUCCAAAUUUUUCAAUAUUACCACAGUUUAUGUUUAACUUACGGCGCUCGCAAUUCGUUCAGGUUUCUAACAAUAGUCCUGAUGAGACUGCUUACUUCCGAAUGUUGUUAAAUCGGGAGAGUAUCACCAAUUCUGUUGUUAUGAUCCAGCCUUCACUGCUUUCUUAUUCAUUUAAUUCUCCUCCUGCACCUGCAUUGUUGGAUGUGACAUCUAUAUCCGCAGAUAGGAUACUUUUGCUUGAUGCUUAUUUCAGUGUUGUUAUUUUUCAUGGUAUGACCAUUGCUCAAUGGCGCAAUAUGGGCUACCAUAAUCAACCAGAGCAUCAGGCUUUUGCUCAGCUAUUACAAGCACCUCACGAUGAUGCUCAAUUGAUCAUCACAGACCGGUUCCCUGUUCCCAGAUUAGUGAUUUGUGAUCAGCAUGGCUCCCAGGCAAGAUUUUUGUUGGCGAAGUUGAACCCAUCAGCCACAUAUAACUCCGCCUCCCAUGAGGUAGUUCCUGGCAGUGAUGUCAUCUUGACGGAUGAUGUCAGCCUUCAAGUUUUCUGUGAGCAUCUUCAGAGGUUGGCUGUUCAGUCAUGAGCACAUAUGCUGCAACCCUCUCUUUUUCCUAUAUUGGAUAUUGAUCCCAAAUGUCUCAUCAUAUUUGCGGUUUGGAAGUAGGAUCUUGGUGUGCAUGACUCCAGUUCCUUUCCCUUCCUCCCAAUCAUAUUCUUGAAUCACUACAUCAAGCCAGUUCUUUUGUCGACUAAUAAUGGUCAAUGCGUCUAAUCACUUUCUUGCAAGAACAUCCCAAAGCUUGCUUGUGGAAUUAAGUUUCAGGAGGUUGACCAAGUUUUUUUUUAGAAUCUUACCAACUUGUAAUAGUAAUGUUAAAACCAAUCUCCCUGAGUGAAUUCCAAGUAUUUUUGUUUGUAGACUAGAAAUCUAGAGUAGGUUUCAUCAACCAUACAAAAUAGUUACUGUUUUAUUUUUGGAUAUUAUGUGAUGAUGUAUUGUGAAAAACUCUAUACAGAAGCAAACCUUAUAUCAGGCGGUUCUACUGGUUA